UAAAACUACGAUCCAGAUAAAAUGACAACUUUGUGUUGUAAAGUAAUUGAUGUGUCGGAUUGAAUUUUUAAUUCCAAUCCUUGUUUCGGAAUAUAACUGCUGUAUCAAACCAAGCAUAAGAUGGCCGAGGGUAACAGCGAAAAUAAACCAGCUAGAAGAGAGGAGGUUCUGGAAUUGAAAAUAAAAAUUGAUCAAAAUAAUCAUGAAAGGGAAAUAGACAAAAAGAAUGUUCAGAUAGAAAAAGCAGUACAGAAGAAUGAGUAUCUAGAAAGUGAAAAUGAAGAUUUGAAAACUUGGUUACAAGAGGAGAAAGAUUUGGCAAUAAAGAAUGAGUUAAAAAGUAAAGCGCAAAUUGAAAAUAAUCAGAAAGAACAAGAAUACCUUCGUGUCAGAAUAGAUCGAUUAGAAAAAGAAAACAAACAAAAUAGUGAUAUAAUAGAUCGAUUAGAAAAAGAAAACGCACAUAAAAAUUACGUUAUAGAUCGUUUAGAGCAAGAAAAUGCAAACCAUGGGGAAGUUAUAGAUCGAUUGAACAAAAAAGACACACACACUAGUGAUGAAAUAUGUGAAUUGAAAAAGAAAAACGCGCUCAACAGUGAAGAAAUAAAACUACUCAAAACGAAAAACAAGGAGCAAGAGAAAAGACUAUGCGAAUAUCAGAAAUGUCUUCAUACCAAGUUCGACGAACGUAUGGCCCGAAUGGAAAAAGUGUUGGAAACGAAUAAGGUUCAGAUGAUGGAAGUAGUCCAGAAAACGAUACGAAACUGCAUCAGUGGCGAUGAUUUCAAUAAAAACAAAACAUGUAACGUGAAAGAUGCAAAGAAUUGUAAAAUUUCAAACGAGACGUACAAUAUAACUUUAAAUGCUGCACAUUGUCGAAACAAUCUGAUCCCAAACAAGCAAGACAUUACUCUUCCUGAUCAGAGAAGUAACAGAAAAUCAUAUAACAGACAUCGCUAACACAAGUGCAACAACCGAAAUAAUCUGAUUUUUAUAAAAAAAAAUAUUUACAGAUUUGUCACUUGAUUAAACAAUUAAUAAAUGAAACACCUAUUAAUCGAGUUGUAAUUCAAGGAUGAAAAUAUGAUUGUCAUUUCGGCAAGACCUGAAGCAAGUUUUUUUUCGCAAGAAAAUAAAUAAUUUUCUGUCGAUUUCUUUACGAAUUAUUAGUCAGUACUAGUCUUUUUUUAAAAAGCGUUCAAAUACUUGGUGUUUAUUCUUAAAUGUAGUACAAUCUGAAGAAAUGUUUUUCACCUCUAAACUUGCUUUAAUUAACUAAAACUAAUUUAUGCCUAGCAAGAAACACACUAUUGACUAGACACGUAUUGCAAUUUUGUUUUAUACACAUUUACAUGAUUGCGUAUUUUGAAAACACGGUUCGUAGUAUCAUGUUUGAUAUUAGGGCAAUAUGCACCUUUUUGACAAAAUAUACAUUCACGAUCUCUUAUAAAACGCCAAACAAUCAAUCGGGUGAUUUUUAGAAAGAUUAUAGAUGCUUUAAUACAUGUAAAAUUAUUUGUUAAUGGCUUACGCUAUCCCCUGUAGCAAACACACCUUUCGAGAAAGGUAUGUUUACCAAAAAACUAAAUAAAAGGAAUCAACUUUAUGUUAAUUUUUUCCGAGUGUAGUGUUUUUCGUUACAUUUAUUUUGAAACGUUCAUAAUGAUUAUUUUGUAAUGAACUACUUAUUAUCAUGUGUAUUACGUGUGUCGAAUUAACUUUUGUGCAUAUAAUGGUUUACUUUUUAAAUUGUUAUUUGGAUGGAGAGUUGUCUCAUUGGCACUCAAACCACAUCUUCCUAUAUCUAUAACUAUUAUAAAAAUGAUUGAUCGUCAUUAAACCAAAUUAUCUUCCUAGAAGCCAUUAUAGAUAAAGAUGAAUUUGACAUAUAUACAUAGAAUAUGCACAACUUACUAUUGUUAACAAGUUAUUUAACAUAUCUUUUGUAAAUAAUCAUUAGUGAUAUUAUCUUGAAAAAAAUAUUGUAAUUUGGAUUCCUUUAUAUACUACUACAUAAAAUCCAAUCAUAUUUUUCUUAUUUUUAAUGUGAAUUAAAUAGAAACAUUCUGCGAGAGGUAUACAAAGAGACAAAUAUAUCUCCUAACAUAAAGAGAUAAUAUUUUGUUUUGUAAUAUUAUUUUUUGGGGCUAAGGUCAGGGUAAAACCUUUUCAAUUUUUAAGUAAAGGAAUUCUUAAUUACAUUUUAUUUAAUAGACACACGUGUUAUUUGUAUGAUUCUACUUAUAGUGCAACUAAAAUCAAAGAAGGGUCUUUACUGCAUAUGUUUAGUAGACACCAUUAGAAGCAAAAAGUUUAUUUUUUUUUAUUUUUUAUUAGAAAUAGUUGAAAUCGAUAUGCCUAAAUGGUGCUGUUAUAUUAGACUAGACAUGAUAUGUGCAUAUCGUUUUUAUCCAUUACAUCAUUUGCACUUGGAUAAAUACAUUCUGAAAGCUAGAGCUAAUAAAAAGUGGAUGAGCAUUGAAAACCAAAAAGUCCAAAACGACCAGCAAAUACAAAUUAAGCUAGGUAAUAUCAUACAUUUAUGUCAAUGUCUUUAGAUUUGUAAUGUGCUAAAAUUAAUACAUUAAUUGGGUUUCAUUAUAGCAAAGCUCAGAGAAACAAAUGUGCAUUCAUCUUUACUCUUUGUAAAAUUAUUCAAAACUGCAGUAACAUUAUUUGAUAAUAAUGAUAAUGACACUAUGAUCUUUAAUUGAAGCAACUUAUUUUGAUUCCACAAAUAUUCCAUGAGACUCACUUGAUACAAUAUUAACAACAUGAAUAAACAUAAUAUAAACUACAAACAAAAACAAAAAUACAAACAAUAUGCAAAGAUAUAAAUAUUUCAUCAAAAUAAGGAAUAAUAAUCUAUAUUGAUACAAUUUUAGUAGGCUUUUCUAUAUGAAUGGGAUUUUGAAUAAAUAAGCAUAUUAACCAGCGGAAAAAGUACAUUCACCGCGCAAAACAUCGCGUGCUUACACGUGUAUAAUUUUGGUUUGAAGUACAAUUGGUUUUCAUAAUAAUUGCCAUUACAUUCAUUUCUCUCGGAAUAUGGAAUAAAACAAUAACCAGUGGGAAAGCCACGGAUCGAUUCUGCGCCUCCUUCCAUAUGACGUAACGGCCAGAAAAUCAAGGGCGACAAUCGCGAUUUUUCAUAGAGGGCGACAGUAUCGCGCCAUCGCGGCAAUUUGUUUACAUCGUGUACGUGUGAUUUUUCGAGAAAUUUAUCAUUAAAGACAAUUAAACUUGUGUCAUUUCAUCAUCAAUUAGUUA